CCCUCCUCCCGGCUCCGCAGUUCUGGCAGCGGGCGGACGGGGAGGGACCGCCGUCAAAGCCGCCCGGAGGAGCCGGAGCCGCUCAUUGCCGCCGCCGCGGAUCCGCCCGUCCCUCCGCUCCAUCCCCGCUCUGCGGGCGCUCCGCUUCGACCUCGCCUCCCCGUACCCGGCAGCAUGGCCAGCACCGUCUCAGCCUACAAGGAGAAAAUGAAGGAGCUAUCUCUGCUCUCCCUCAUCUGCUCCUGUUUCCACACCCAGCCACAUCCCAACACCAUCUACCAGUAUGGAGAUAUGGAGGUGAAGCAGCUGGAUAAGAGGGCAUCGGGCCAGAGCUUCGAGGUGAUCCUGAAGUCUCCUUCAGAUUUGUCUCCUGAGAGCCCCAUCCUUUCCUCUCCCCCCAAGAAGAAGGACCUGUCCCUGGAGGAGCUGCAGAGGAGGCUGGAGGCUGCAGAGGAGAGGAGGAAGACCCAGGAGGCACAAGUGCUGAAGCAGCUGGCGGAGAAACGGGAGCACGAGCGGGAGGUGCUGCACAAGGCACUGGAGGAGAACAACAAUUUCAGCCGCCUGGCUGAGGAGAAGCUCAACUACAAGAUGGAGCUGAGCCGGGAGAUCCGCGAGGCGCACCUGGCUGCCCUGAGGGAGCGGCUGCGUGAGAAGGAGCUGCACGCAGCUGAAGUCCGCAGGAACAAGGAACAGCGGGAGGAGAUCUCUGGAUAAAGGGCUUUUCUACACAUCUAGCACCUGAUUCCUGUCAACAAUCCGACCGACCGACACGUUUUAUUUUGUUUGUCUAGAUGCAGCGUUUGGUUCUCCAUCCCUCCCCCCCCAUCCCCUGGUGUUUGUCCCCCCAGCAACACGCUUCUCUGUCUGCAUCCUUAAUCGUUCGGUGCUUGUGGGGAGUCACAGGUCGUAGAGACCUCUCAGCAGAAUAGCAGCUAGUUCACCUGAAAUAGAGAUCAGUCAAUCAAACAGCUUCUUUGGAGGGUUUGUCCUUUUUUCUUUUUUUAAAAAAAAAUAUUUCUUAAAUUCAUGUAAAAAUUGAGAUAUGAAUAAAUUCAACCAGCAGUGUCACAGAGAUACAGAACUCUUAUCCGGGGGCUUUUACCACUCUUGGUGUUUGCUCUGAGCUAAGUAUCAGGAUAACAAGGAGUGAUCGCUUCUGUACGUAAGCAGAGCAAUGAGCAGAAUGUCAGUGAGUGCCAGGCUGGCUGCACGGCGCUGCCACGUGGCUCCCAGCCAUUCCUGCAGCCAGGGUAGGCAGCAACCCAACGUCCUUAUCUUGAGUGAAUCUUUGGCAGCCGCUGUGAAAACAGGGGAGGGUCUCAGCACAGAGCUUGGUGCCAUGUCAUAUAACGUCCCCAAUCCCAUCCUUGUCCCCAGCCCCCUCCCUGUCUUCACAUCCAUGUCUCCUUGCCCAUCUCCAUCCCCAUCUCUGUCCCCGUCUCUGGUGGCUGCAGGCUGAGCCUCCUGCCCCCAUGGGCUCUGUCAACUCAGCUCUGCAGAACCACAGGAGGGCCCUCAGUCUGCAGGCUGCCAGCCCUCCAUGGUCACCUCGGAAAGCAGGGACAGGACAUGGUGGUGAGGCUGCCUGCUGGCAGGGAGGACGUCGCUCUUCCCAAGGAUGGAUGUGGCUCAGUGGAUGCUGAGGACAGGGAGAUCCUGAGCAGCACUUUGGGAUAAGGACUUACCAGCAGCACUGGAUGAGGUGGAGCUGAGCAGGAGCAGUUCUGCAGGAAGGGUGAGGAGGUGUUCCCAUGCUCAUUUCUUGGCUAUCUUUAGCUUUUCAAAGCCUAUUUUUAAGCGAAUGUUGUCUCUUGGUAGAGGUAGGGAUGAGUGAAGGAUAUGCAAGUGUGACAGUGGUAGGUGACAGCAGUGUGAUGCAGACAGGUGGCUGCCAGCCUGGGGCUUCCUCUGCUGCUAUUGCCAUGGUCUGGGAGGCAGCUGAAGUCCCAGCACUGCAGGGCUGUGCCCUGGGGACCUUGCACCCGUUCUGCCACUGCCUUGAAAAGCUGAGAGGAAACAUUGCAUCCAAAACAUUGCAUGGAAUUGGGUCCAACUGUGCAUGGGAUGCAAUGCUGAGCAGCCACCCAGUCUGUGGUGGGAUUUGGGGCAGGAGGUGAUGAGGGUUACCAUGUGCAGUGCUUUGGUGCUGCGCUUUGGGCAGGGCAGCAUGCAGGGGGGGGCUGCUGGGGUCCCUUGUGCUGUGUGUGGAGCAGAGGGGGUUACCCCAUUCCUGGAGGUGGGAUGGAGCCCUGAGCAGCUUGAUCUGGUGGAGGUAACCAGCUCACGACAGGGGGGUGGUCUUUAAGGUCCCCUCCAACCCAAGCCAUUCCAUGACUCCACGAUUUGCGCCACAGGCUGCGUGCUUCCCUUUCCAUCCCUCCCAAAAAGCAUUGCUGGCUCAGUUAGGACCUGACGUUUUCUGUCUCAGGUAUGCUUUAAUUACACACCAAACAAAUGGUUACGACCAAAAAAGAAAAGAAAAGAAAAGAAAACCCACCCAAAAAGCCAAAGGGCAGCACUGCUGGAGGUCUGACCCUGAGCUCUUUGCUGAUCUCCCCACAAGUCCCCGAAGAUCCAGGAGCAACCCCUCCACGGCCAUAGAGCAUUUCUGGGGCAACUCUGCUCCUGCAGGAAGGGCCAACCCUGGUGCUGGGGUACUGCAGAGCACUGGGGGCAGAGAGGGAACUGGAGAGGAACCGAGGGUUGACUUUCUUAGCAGUAGCCAAUGAUCCGUUUAUAGUAGCAGCUGUCUUAGAUACGCAUCGUUGUAGAGCCAGCAUCACUUCAUCCAUAUAGUGACAAGAAAUUAAAAAGAGGAAAAAAAACAUGUUUAAAAAAAAAAAAAAAACAAA